AUGCAAUCCAAGUCCCUCUCAGAUGACUCACCAUUUAUCUCGAGAGUCCACGCAGUUGACAACCAGGCGGCCGUCUGGAAGGCAGGCGAAGCCUUCAUCAAAGCGCAUCACAUGGACUAUCCCGAUAUAACCAGAGAGCAUGUGACUCUACAAUUUCUCAAAGAUAAAGAACCGCAUGAUUUUGCAUUCCCGAACGUCCUCCGUCAUUUUGAGACUAGUUCGCGAUACUUCCUCGUCAUUUCGAGUGUGCCGGGGCAGCUCCUUCAUGAAGCCUGGCCCAACAUGGACGAAAGUCUUCGUCAGCAUUACAUCGGCAAGGUCGCGGGUGUUUGCAAUCGCUUAGCAGCGUGGAAGGGCGAUACAAUUAGCGGUGUGGAUGGACGCCAGCUGUUGGAACGUUACCUCCUCAAAGGCAACAGCAAAGCGGCUGAUGCCCUUGCUCCGCAACAGCUGCGAAGAAAUUGUAUCGAGAUGGGUAUGGAUGUCUCUACUCUUGUCUUCUAUCAUUGCGAUCUUGGUCCUACGAAUAUUCUUGUCGAUGUCUCGACAGGCUCGUUGGGUAUCAUCGACUGGGAGCUUGCUGGUUAUGUCCGUAUCGAAUGGGUCAGAACUAAAUUCCGACUCUCCGCAGGAAUGGAUUUCGAUUAUGGGGAUGAGGAUUCUAAGAAAGACUGGCGCCGCAAGGUCGCACAGCAGCUGGAAAAGAUGGGCUACAACGAUGUUGCGGAUGCAUGGUGGAAGUUUCAAGAGAGCUCGUAG